CUGGGGUGGGGCCAUACUUGCUGCAGGAACCUGCCCUUUAAGGAACAUCUGAGCCUCCGCGGCCGAUCGGAGCCGGCUGCUGCGGACCCGCUGCUCUUCGACCCCGAGCCGGCCCGGCUCCGCCAUGGUUUCGUGGAUCAUCUCCCGGCUCGUGGUGCUAAUAUUUGGCACUUUAUACCCUGCAUAUUCCUCUUACAAGGCUGUGAAGACGAAAAACGUAAAAGAAUAUGUGAAAUGGAUGAUGUAUUGGAUUGUGUUUGCCUUCUUCACCACAGCAGAAACACUCACAGAUAUUGUUCUUUCCUGGUUUCCGUUUUAUUUUGAGUUGAAAAUCGCAUUUGUGAUUUGGCUGCUCUCUCCUUACACCAAGGGCUCCAGCGUCCUCUACAGGAAGUUUGUGCACCCAACGCUCUCCAAUAAAGAGAAGGAGAUUGAUGAGUAUAUUACUCAGGCCCGUGACAAGAGCUAUGAAACCAUGAUGCGAGUUGGCAAGAAAGGUUUAAACUUGGCUGCCAAUGCAGCAGUUACUGCAGCUGCAAAGGGUCAGGGAGUUCUGUCUGAGAAGCUGAGGAGUUUCAGCAUGCAGGACUUGACUCUGAUCCGGGAUGAAGAUACUGUGCAUCUACAGAGCCCCAAACCACAGCUGCGCACCUCCACUAGUCGUCUUGAAACCAUUGAGGAUUCAGCUGCUUCCUGUUACUCUUCAGGAGAAGAGGCCAGUGUGUCUCAAAGGUCAAAUGGGGCCCAGUCUGAUUCUAGAACAGAACCUUCAGAUGAGGAUGCAGGAGACAAAACACCGAAACGCACCCAGAGCCUCAAAGCUCCUAAGAAAGUGACAAAAGCUGAGCCUCCACUAAAGAGUGUGAAAGCUCGCCCCAAGAAGAAAGCUGCAGGCUCCAUUGCUGCUGGGGAGUCAGCCUAAGGACACCCUCACCCAUCUGUCCCAGGAUUUGCCUGUCACUUUGAAGGGACAUUUACCAAAGGAAGGGAGCAGAGAUACAUGUACAUAACAGCUACUUCUUUGUAGAGCUCAUUCCAAGGCGAGGGGGUGGCAGGGAUUCAGCAUGUGGAGUGGAGGAUGCACAUCCUCAGGAAUUAUUUAGUCUUAAUCUCUCUGUUGGAGAGAAUGUUGAUCUACCUGUACAUAGCCUGUUGCUUUGGGAUCCCCUCUCUGCAUAACCCUAAUAGGGAAACUCUGCUGGAAGAACUGAUUAUUAUUAUUCUUAACAUAGCGCAAUGUGCCUCAGGUGGCACGUGACCAGGAUUCACUACCAAAUUUGGUCUGCUGGUUAAUUAGGGUUAGAGCCAUCCCUUGUGCAGAGGCUGGAACAAAUAUUCAGGAUGGGGCCACUGAAGUUCCAUUUGGGGUGGAGAGCUCCCGAAAAUGUCUCACAUCAGCCUGGGCAUUCUCCUGAAGCUACUGAGGGGAAUUAUUGGUAGGAAGUGCCUGUAGCAAAGUGGCUGGUACCAGUUCCUUCGUAAUUCAAGCCCAUUCUCGUAGGGAAGGGGACUGAAGCAAUAUGUGGCUCAUGCUUUCCAGUUUCAUUCAUGAUUGACUUGUAGGACGAGUGGGAUUGUGUCCGGGUUCCAGCAUAUGCUGCAGAUGGACUCUCAGGAAGUGAGGAUGAACAGCUUUCUUUGCUUUUCAGGGAAAAGGAAGAGCAGGGAGGGAGCUGAGACUCCACAGUGGCUAGGAGGACAUGAGUGAGUGUGUGUGCAUGCUGGAGUAUAUACAAGUGUCUGCUGGAGAACUGACUACUUGGCACUCCUGGAGUUUGUGGUCCUGUCUCCAGAAUUGCUUGAAUUUUAUUUUGGAUUCCAUAGUCCAAUUCCUGUAUGGAUGAUGUCAAAGUGUGUGUGUGUUAGGCAAUGCAGGGGCCAAUGAGCCUCUCCUGGCAGUGCUUUGGGUGGACUGUGAGGAUGUUACAUUCACAGCCAAUGGCUGAACUCCACAGCACCCCGAUGCUAGUUACCCAAGAACUAAUCUGACAAAUUCUUUCAUUCUAACAGAUGACACUGGAAAACCUGGCUCAAUGCAGUCUGCAGACUUACUUGAAUAAGUGUGAGGUGGAACAAAGCUAGAGGCCCUUCUAUCCCAACUCGGAAGGCUCCAGGAGAGCCAAUCCACAGGGCGUGAGAGUUUACAAAUAACUAAAGUAUGAAAACUUCAUUAUCCUGAUACCAGGACUCCAUUCUUCAGUUGGGGGGAAAAAUUCAGUAUUGGGAUUGAUCAAUCCUUCUGCUGCAUCUCACUCCAGCCCUUGAACAACUCUUCAUGUAUUUAACAAUGUGCCAAAUCCAUCAGUCUCCUGGAACCUGAGCAACAUGUAAGAUUCAAGCCAGAAAUACAUUUGGAUAUGGGGUAUGUAAUGAGGGGGUUGGACGUCAGUAACACUCUCAUUUAAAAAAAAACAAAAAACCUUUUGAGGUGAGUCAAUGCAAGCUAUACUGGACACCAAUAUGUUGAGAAUAGCUGAAGGGAUUCCCCCUUCCUCUGGGUGAGAACACAUCCUAACCUGUACCCAUCAGUAGAUCUUUCCUAACGUCUCUUGGUGGGGGGAUCCAGAAGAUGAAUAGGGCCCCUCAUUAUCACUAUUAUCACUUGACUAAUGUCUUGGAGAUGAAUAUUUGGUGGCCUUGAUUUUUCACUGAGAUUAGCUGCCAAAGGAGCUUUCCUGCCUAUUAAAGACCAUUCUCUCUGUAACCCUAACCAUUCUCUCUGUAUUUUAGGAGUAUGGAUUUCCCCCCAUUUCUGUGGCCUACUUUCUCACUUCUAAAACUAUGGCAAAGCUCUUAGCCUAAACACCUAGUUGUUACGUUGUAGGCAGUGUAUAGGAACACCCCUGUAGCUUUCUUCAAUUGCUUAUAACUUUGUCAAGACUGCCACCUUUUGGGCUGAAAUUUUGCACGUUUGUUCUUGGCCUAGGCAUAAAUUUUAUGAAAAGCUCAUCUCUUUCAAAUACAAAGAGUGAAGGGAUAAAAUUUUUGCCAUUUAAAAAAAAAAAACAAUCACCACCAAGCAUACUGACCAAUUCUGAUGUUUUGGUAGGCUGUGGAAGAAUCUUGUAAUUUGUCAGGGAUGUUAGCCCUGUGUAAUAGAUAAGGUGGUCUGGUGAAAGUCCUCUUUGAUUUGGCUGAGGCAUUAAGAUUUACAAACUUACUUUGUGCAUGUGCAUUGUAUUUUUUUUUUUCUUAAUAAUUAUCUACCAAUGUUCCACUGUUACUGCACUUGCAUGUGUAUCUGUCUAAGUGGAAAUUCUCAUUCAGGAUACAAUCUCUUACCGUUUUGUGAUCUGGAACUGCAUAAGAAAGUGAAGAGGAACUUUUUAUUAUAUAGAAUGACAUGUGGCGGUGCAUUUGGAAAGAGACUUGACUGUGAAGGUGCCAUGUCCAAGUCUAUUCUAUAUUGGACAGGACAGGGCAAUUAUGCUGUAUAUAGUAAGUAGCUUUGCAUGAUCAAAUUUCAUCAGUUUUUUUGUUUGUUUUUUAACCUAAAAAUCUCGAUAUCAAAUGCUGUGUUAAAAAACUGCAGGACUCAAGUCUGGGAAUACCAAGGGUAAGGCAGCCCAUAUUCUACUUCCAACCUCCCAUUGUCCUCUUUAUUGCAUAUUAAUUUCCAUACAAACUCUAAUUACAUGAUCCUCAUACUAUCACUUUCCACAAGACCUCUGCCUUGCUCACUCCAGAAGCUGGACAGUGUGAACUGAAGGAGGUAAGUUUAUCCAGUGAAUAAGGCAGAGGCUCCUUUCCUGUCUUUGUGGAGGAGUUGGCUGGUGUGCAGUGUAUGGGGAAAGGAACCACACACUGAACAAUUAUAAUAAAAAAUAAGCAUGAAAGAGCUGCUUCGUUCACUCUGCACGAUCCAUUCUGUAUGUUGAAAGGGGCAGUGGAUCUCUGGGAAAAUUGAUAUGUAAUCAUGCAAUUAAAUUCCGCAUUGUAAUCUGUGCACAGCCACAUUAGGGGCAGAGCUGAAUGCAUAGCCUUAACUGUCAUUUUCUGACCUAUGAGUGCUUCACUCUUUAGCCUUAAAAUUCCUUUAUGAUAGCCUUUUGAAUAUGAAUUGCAUAUUCAUAUUCAGAUAGUAUUUGUUAUCUAUCAAAUACUAUCUCCGUUCUGCAGCUGUCUUUCGUUUUUAUCCUUGAAGGUCAGGCUAGCAUCACUGUAAUUAUGUAUUGUAGACAGUGCAGAGGGGGAUAGCAGCUAAGGUACUGUCACUGUUGAGAGUAAAAUUCACCCUUUUUCUGCUCUAUUGAUCCAGCUUGGGAAGCCCAGAUUGUGGGUAUCUAGAGACCGGUGUCCUGGCUGGAUAGUUGCAAACGUGAGUUUGUAGGCAAUAGUGGGGCAUGGAGGGCAACUUUGCUACCAGUGCAGAGAGAAGAUUAAUAGAGUGGUGGUACCAGCUCCAUUGUCUGGAAUAGCAGCACCACGCUGUCGUCCUCAACUCCUUCCACCAGUGGCCUCAUGCACUUUCUAGUCUCUGAAUGUGUCUGUGGGAGGUAGAAUUAGGAAUGCUGUGUCAGAGAGGUACAUGCAACCCACUGGAGAAUGAAGCAGUGAGGCAACAUUGCCAUAUCCAUGCUAGGCAAAGGAUUUGUGACCUUUUGGGGAUCAAAAGUUACCUCCCCUUGCUCACUGACCCUCUGGUGAAUUGGUCAGCAAUUCAUCUUCUGCCUCUUUCUCUUUAUUGAGCUCUUAGCACUACUCAGCAAUUAGUGCUGCUCCUGUUGUCUCUCGCUUGCUGCCGCCAACCCCUGCCCUUCCAAAGCAGGGAUUUUGGUUACUUUUAAGGGCUCCAGCCUCAGGGGCCUGGUCUCCUUCUGACUUCCUGUGCUAGGUUAAUAGAAAACAAAGUUGAUAUUUAGCACUACACAAUCAUUAAUCUCCAAGCUGUCAGCAAAGGUGAGUCAGUAUUCCUGUCCCCACUUUACAUGGAGGUUUAAUGACUUAGCUGAGGUCACAGUGUGAGACCAUGGUGGAGCCAGAAAUAGAACCCAGGUCUCUUGAACUCCACAUCUUGUUCCCUAUCUCCUGGGCCAGGAGGCAGCAGAACAUGACUCUUAUUCUUAGCAAGAAUAAAACCUCAGCAUGGCCAAUGUGCCCUGCUGUCAGCUUCCAAAGUGAGCACCAGAGGGAGGCUAGGCCUGAUCUUCAUAUGGGAUGUAAAGGCUUUGACCAGGUAGAUCAAAAUCUAAUUAAACACCCAUGUGACAGUUUACAAUCCGUUCCCAGCCACGGUUUUAAGUAUGGAUGGGUAGCAGUGUGUAUAACCUCUUUCCCUUAAUGAAAGCUUUCCACUUGCUGCUUCAGUAACAUGCUUCCUAGCUGCUGUGCCUACAACACCAUUAUGUGGCAGAAAAUGCUGAGACUGCCCCACAUUCAGUGGUUUUCUCAGGGCUCAGAAUGUUGCAGGUGAAUUGUUAUAUGUUAGGUUCUGCUGCAAAGUAAAGACUUAUUGCACUCAAUAACACCCCUACACCCAGUUACUUAUAUGCCUAGAUGCAGAGAUGUAAGUGGUAUGAUAGGAGAAGAAAUGACUCUCAGGUGUUCCUUACUCAUAGGAUGAGUAAGCUAUAGCACAUUAGGUUCAUGAAAUCUGCACUGGAGGCAGCUUCACUUGUGGUUCCUACUCACAUAAAGAGGAAUUGCCAUAUUUCCACCACAAGAGCCCAUGUCAUGCUGCUGGAGAAGGAAACCUUGAGCCAUGUUUUCUUUUCCUUAUGAAACAUGGUGAUCUUGCAUCCUGCUGCGUAAGAAGGGAAAGUUGUACCAUUCCAACUGCCAUGCUUUGUCCCUGCUCCCAUACCAAGUUCUGCUGCAGACUGAGGAGGAGGAAAUGCUAUGUCUGUCUGUCUUAGGGUUUUAUAUAGCUGCCCAUCGCUGUUGUAUCUGAGCACCUUCCACAUAAAAUUAUUGUUGAUAGCAAAGGUCCUAGUGCACUUUAUGGAAUCUCUGGCAUCUCCCCCCCCCCUUUUUUUUUUAACUAAAAACUCUGAUUGGAGGGUGGAAGAUUUUGGUUUGUGGAUGGGUUUUUUUAGAUUUUCACUCUUUUUGUUGGUAGGGGUAUCAGUAUUGUCAUUCUGAUGGUGAAAAGGGUUUUUCAAAGAGUGCUCCUCUUCCCCAUCCUGAUGCAAGAAGAUCCACCCAUCUGUCUAUUUAUAUGGCCCUUAUCACCAUAGUAUCUGAAUGCCUCUCUCCUUCCAUAUUCCUGUUGGGAGAGUACUUCCUCCACAAGGCCCCCACCCAUGUUACCACCGCUCCUUGAAGAGCUAUUGUUCCUGAGAACACUUAGUUCCCACCACUUGUGCUUUUGAGCUUUAAUUCUUGUCUAAGCUUGUCAUCUUAAAUUAUGAGACGUCCUUUGUGUGAUGUUCUGUACAAUAUGGAGCACAAUGCUGGCCCACAAAACAUCCCAUAAACCACCAUGUCCUGCUGCCUAACUAGGAAAUGCAAUACCCCAUGCUUGUGAAACUCUGAGAACCAAUGUCCCAUUGCCUGAUGGGGAAAAUCCAAGCCCUCAUGACCCACAUGUAGUAUAGGAAACAUGGUCUGCUGCCUAAGGAGUAAACUCCCUACCUCACUUGCCAAGAAUAUUCACAUUCUAUUCCCUAAUGAGAAUACUGUACCAUCAUCCAUCUGAGAGGGAAAAUCUGCUGCUGCCUAAUGGGGAAAUGCUGUAUCACACUCCAUGAGAAACCAUCCCUCUUCCUGGGAUGCAUCCUAGCUUUCCUCACCACAUCUCCAAGCUACUGGGACUCCACAUACCAUGUAACUUCUUGAUUUUGUGUGUAAAACAGGCUUCUGGAAGCUCAACAGCUGCAGGGGAUGGUGUUAGCAUUCUGAAGCUACGUAUGAGUGUCUCUGGUGUAAGUGCGUAGAGCUGGUGUGUGUGUGUGCAUGCUCAUCGCUAGUGUUCCAGAGAGUGUGCAUGUACACCCAUCAGUGUUACUUCUUGAGCCUCUGGUACUGUCUCACCAGAAAAGGGUUUAUGCAAAGAUUCAGGAAGGCUUGUGUUACAGUUUCCUGUAAGAUUUCUAUAAAUAUUGUUUAUAAAUGUUAGUAAUCCCAGGGGUCCCUAGAGACUUCUAAACUCAAGGCCAAGGGGUCCCAGAGAGGUCUUAAGAGGUGUCCAGAGCAAUGUGUAUUUGGGAACAAUUGGUUUGUAUGGUGACUGAGCGAUCCUUCCACUUUCUGUAGCAGCUGAGACCUUUUCACGUAGGGUGGGGGGGGGAGAGAAUAUAGGUCACACAAAUUGUAAAGGUAUGUCCAAAGAAUGUAUUUGAAUCAGUUUGAGCCUCAAGCACAGCUUCCACGCUGCAGCCCACAGGUUAGAUCCUGACUACCCACAACACCUCUGAUUAUUUCAGGAAGGGCAGGGUGGUGUUAGUCUCUUCUGUCACUCUAAGUAGUAAAUACAUAUGGGGCAAAUACUGAAAGGAGUGAAUGCCCAGUGACGACCUUAGGCUGAGAAAUGGAUUUUUUUCCUGGGAAACCCUCAGCUGUAUUUGGGGCCAAAAUGAUGAAUUGUAACGCUUGAGCUUUAGGUUUCUGAGGAUGACUCAUGUUUGAACAAGUGUAGCAAAGUCAAAUAGCAAAACUGCCACUGUUCUGUUUGCAGUGAAGAGUUGGAAUCAGAAAUAAUAUGGAAUGUAGACAAAAAUCCACAUCUGCCUCAGUUUCUUUUUAAUGUUGUUGGUAAAUGUGAAUCUGUGCUGUUAUCACCAAAACCUUUUCAUAAGCUCUCUGUGCACAAACGCUCUUCCUUCCGUGGAAUUCCUGUGCUGCUCACUUUGUAUCCUCUCAUGUCCUAGGUCCAUUUCUCACAUCCUUCCUUAUAUUGAAGCAUGUCCAGUCUGCUGGAUACCAGGACAAAAUCCCACUUUUAAUACAGUUUGUUUGGUAUUGAGACAUAGAGGCUAGUGCAAAUUCUGCACAUAGGCUUAUCCUCUUCCUCCUUGAUUCACCGCCACCCACUGCCAGGCUCCCACUGAUGCCCAUUUCACUAUGAGAAUCCAAGUUCAAUCUUCUGGAGGCUAACCUUAAUCCUGAUGUUCUGUUCUCAUUGGAUUCUCCAUCAUUUAUUCUGCAAGACCUGGUUUCAGGCUGGGCCCAGAGCUGAAUUUAAGUAACUCUCUUGCAUCAGCAUAUGUCCAUGGCAUCUCCCGUAGUGACUUUUGGUUUGGGGGAAAAUUUACUUGUUGCAAAUACUUCCUUUGGAAGAUAAGACAGUUUUCUGUUUACGUCUGUCCUUGUGUGGUUAAUGCCCUUGCAGGGCUACCAACCAUCUGCAAGGAUGAGGAGGUGGGAGUUAGGUUGGACAUUCACAAGUCUAUUGUAUGUAACGGCCUGAGCCUCCUCUAAUGCUAAACUCCCCAAGCAACCCUUCUCUGAAAUAAUGUCUCUAAUAGGAGUGUUAGAAAUACCUUUAGUUUGAAUUGAAUCCCAUCAAAGACGUACAGAGAUAGGGAAUUCUUUCUCUGCGGCAAGCUCAAGGAGUAGUAGAGUCAAGAAGAAUGAGCAAGUGUCUGGCCAUAAGCAGUAGUGUUACAGUUCAACUACAAUGAAUGAUUUAACAGAAAUUAACCCUUAAGCAUCUAUACACAAUUACCUUUGUAAUUAUUGAUUUGGCCGGCAGGCUGGAAAAUGCCAGUCUUCUAAAGUCUAAUGAUGGUUUAGUAACAUUAAUGCAAUCUAAAAUAUGUUCUUCUGUUGUUCAGGGCAAGGCCUUGGGCUAGACUGCUCUGUACUGCCAUGCAGGAGACCAGAAUAUAAUUCUUGUUCCUGAGGAUGGAAGAGCUUUGCAAUCCCAUGCCAUGCAGGUGUUAUGGGUUGGAGUUUGUCUAUUUCCUGGGGCAGGGAGUGCCUGUUUUGCUAUACAGCAGAGAAAUAUUGGUAUUGGAUGUAUGCUCUCCAAGGCCAAUUCCUGAGACCAAAAGUGAAGAGAACUGCGGCAGCAUCGUUUGGUAAUGCACGUUGGAUGGAAUAAUUUAAACUAUGCAUAUACCUUACCAGGUUCUAACAUAACUGAAAUAACCUGGGGGGAAGCAACACUGGAUAGCCUCACUGAAGACCUUUACUCAACGUGCAGAUAAAAAAAAAACCCCACCAACCCCUACAAUGUUAGGAUGCAUAAGGAAUGGGAUGGAGAAUAAUUCUGAAAAUAUCAGAGUCAUAAAGUGUAGAACUGGAAGGGACCUCCAUAGGUCACCUAGACCAGUCACCUGCACUCAAGGCAGGACUAAGUAAUAAUUAGAGCAUUCUUGACAGGUGUUUGUCUAACCUGCUCUUAAAAACCUCCAGUAACAGGGAUUCCUCAAACUCCUUAGGCAUUUUGUUCCAGUGCUUAACUACUCUGACAAGAAGUUUUUCCUAAUGUCCAACCAAAACCUCCAUUGCUGCAAUUUAAACCCAUUGCUUCUUGUUCUAUCCUCAGAGGUUAACAACAACAAUUUUCAAUCCUCCUUGUAACAACCUUUUAUGUACUUGAAAACUGUUAUCAUGUCCUCCCUCAGUCUUGACCUUUAUUCAUUUUUGUUGCUCUCCUCUGGACUUUCUCCAAUUUAUCUACAUCUUUCCUGAAAUGUGGUGCCCAGAAGUGGACACAAUACUCCAGUUGAAGCCUUAUCAGCAUGGAGUACAGAGGAAGAAUUACUUCUAGUAUCUUGCUUACAACGCUCCUGCUGAUAUAUCCCAGAAUGCUGUUCACUUUUUUUGCAACAGUGUUUUUUGUUAACACCCUUGAAGGAUCUGCACAAACUGUCUCUUGUUUUAAUACCCUUUCACUUAGUGGGUAGGAGAUGUCUAAAUCUUAAGUAGAUCACAAUUUUUAUGUUCUUGUUGCUAUUUUUAUGACUACCUUUUAAGCUGACAGACUCCACUAUUUUAAUUUUGUGGUGAUUAUUUUCCCCUUUAAUAUUUUUUGCCAACAUUUUAAGUGGAGAUAAAUUAUUUUGAUCAAAAUCAUGUCUAAACUCCAGAGUGUUAUUCUCCAGGAGGGUAUGCCUUGUGUUGCAAAACCCAAGGGGAACCACAGCAGAACUGGGGAGAUAUGGAGAAAUACUGCUUCUGUGACGGCUUUGACAAUAUGAGAGGUAACAGAAAAGAUUUAACUGAGUGCCUGAAUGAGACACAGCAUACCAGUAAAUGGUUUGGAUUCACCCUUUUGUCAAUGCUGUCUUCUCACUCUGUUAUGGAAAAACAUUAAAAAGCUCUUGUUAGCCCACCUGAGGAGCAGGAGGCUUGAGUUUGAGAAGAUACUCCCUGACUUAACUCAAGGAUCAGGUAUUAAAAAGUUGGUGGAAGUGAAGUUAGCAUUGGUUUUUGUCCACCAGAUAGUGCAAAUACAGCAACUGAAUCAGUGGAGAUAGGAGAUCUGCUAAAGUGGCUGGCAGGGACUAGUUUGGAAUUAUAUAUUCAACACUGGUUGAAAGUCAGUCUUUUCAUAUGAAGAUUGGACCUUUGAGGGUGAAAUUGUUUCUUGUCUAGAAGUUGUGAAACAGCUGGGGCUUUAAUGGAGAAACAUCAAGUGGAAUUGCCAUUAAUCUCUUGCUUGGAAAAUUGGCUUUGCUCCUGGAAUGUGGGGUUGGAAAAAUAUCCAUUUUCAGGUCCCUACACUGCCCAGUCAGACUGUGGCAGUGUGGCCGUCUUUUCAAUGAGCAGCUUUGUACGUGGCUUUGUUUCCGGUUAUUAUAUGCAUUGUGAAGUGCUUUUUGGUAUUUCAGCAUCAUUGCUCUGAUUUGCACAAUGUGGCAUACUAACAAAUAUAGUCUAAAAAUAUAACUGUAUCUAAUAGUUUCCAUGGCAAUUGGUGACCAUGGCAACUGAGAGCUAGCUUUGCAAUGAAUUUGAUAAAGGACAGAUUUAAAAAAAAAAAAAAAUCAACAAACUAAUUACCUCUUCGCAAAUGUUUCAGGGAAAAUGCUGAAUUUUAACUCUGCAGGGUCUAUAGGUCCAAUGGGAAUUUAUCUAUGAACACUGCUUGAGUAUUAAAAGGGAAAUAUUGCGGUACUGCUGAUUUAAAACUGUGUCCCAUGUGAGCCGGCAGGCUGCUUGAUGUGAGGUAUUUACUGAAGAGAGAUUUCUUCUCUUGGAGUUUAUGCUUUCUGUUCCCUUCCAGACCUUUAUUAUUGCAAAAAUAUUUCCAAACUAAUUCCAGAUACCUGAUCUCUCAUUAUAAGAGUUCGGAACAGUAGAGAAGAGAGAUUGUGGAUCAGGCCCACUAAAUGUUCCCAUCAUGGUAGAUUAUUGCUCCUACUCUGUUUGACCUAGAUACUACUUUAGAACAAAACAGAAGAAUAAUCCAAACCAUUGCUUGGAGAUACAGCUAGAAUGUGUUUCUAGCACUUCCUGUACCAUGAAGAACGCACAUUCACGUGGGCUAACUCUCCACCAUCUCUGAGUGUUCUUAUAUGUAGAAUAAACAGUGGAUUUAAGUAGUGUGCCCUCAGAAAAUUUAACCUUUCCCAUUUUAAACCAUGUAUGCAGUUUAAGCUAGAAUAUCAGCUUGAGAUUUAGGGCUCUGCAAGAAAUUAAUUUGUCACCUAGGGCUUCAUUGUGCUGUGAAUUCUUUAGCUAUUUGAAGUCCUGACAAAUAACUGUACUAAGUCUUAUACUCUGUAUAAUUCCCCAACAAUAAAAUUUUAUGCCGAGGAUAGCUCUGUGCUCUCUGGGAGGAAAAAAACCCAACAACAACAACUAGUAUUGGAAGGAGAGGUUAUUUGACUCAUGAGUCCAAAACUGGUAUCGAAAGUCUGCAGGGCAGGAGCAUUUAAUGCCAGGAGAGUCAGGCAUGCCUGAGAGGAUAUUUGUUUUGAAGAAAGAAGAGAAAUAAACCCAUUUUUGUUUC